GCGCGAACAAUAGGCUUGUUAUGUACAAGUUUGUAUAUAAACUAAAACAACAUAGUUUGUGUUUUAUUUCUAUCACGUUUUGUGAGUAUAUUGGAAAUGUUUUUAUCUCUUAGAAUUAAUAUUUAUUACUUUAUAAAUAAAUUAUUACAAUGUGAAAUUCCAAGAAAUUUUAUCGAAUAAUAUUAAUGUAUARCACAAUAUAAAGAGUGACUGUGUGAAUUCAUCAGUAAUUUUGUCCACUUCUUUUCGAAAUGAAUAAUAGGACAUAAUAGUAGAUUAACAAGUACUUAAAGAUCUAUAAGUAAUAAAAUAAUAUACUCUAAAUUUAUUUUUAAAAUUUGACUAUAAUUUUGAACUAAUACAUACGACAGUUGGGACAGGUUAAGAAUCAUUGUUAGUGAAAUAAUAGAAGUCUCUGUGUUAAUAAUUUUAAUAUAGAAUAAAAUAUCGUGAUUCCAUUAUUAUUGUGCAAACAAUAUGACAGAAUUUGUUACACCAUCGAUUGCAUCUAAUGAAUUACAAGAAAGAUGUAAUAUUUGGGUGGAAUCACAAAAUGAACAUUUGUUUUCUGAAGACACAUCGACAAAUAAAAUAGAAAAUAAUUACAAUGAUUAUGAAACAGAUUCUGAGUUUGAUUCAGUUUCAGAAUGUGGUGGUAAAAAACGUAGAAUAGGAAAAUAUUUAAAACAUGAAAUUUUACAUUUAGUAUGCGAAUGGAAAAAUUGCAAAUUUGAUAGUAAAUACAUGGAAGUAUUUUCAAGACAUGUUGCUAAUCAUUUGAGCGAUUUAGAAAUAAAGGUAAAAGAAGAUGGUACAGAGGUUUAUGUAUGUCAAUGGAAAAAUUGUUCAUAUGAAAGCGAUAUUUCUGAUGAAAUUUCACGACAUGUCAAUUAUCAUUCUUAUCAUACUAAAUUAAAAUGUAUUGGAUCAAAUAUUCGUGAAAGGGUCAAGUUACCUAAAUGUAAUAGAGAUACAGAUUGGAAGAAUAUUAUUGAUUUACCAUCACCACAUAUGUGCAGAUGGGAAGAAUGUUUAAAGAUUUUUUCUAAUUAUCAGACGUAUUUGUAUCAUAUAGUUACUCACCUGGAUACUAAUCUACGUGGUAAUAAAGUAGAAGGUGGAGUUGAAUGUAAAUGGACAGGAUGCAAAAAUAAAUAUCCUAGUUUAUAUAAACUUAGAGAUCAUUURAGAUGCCAUACCAAAGAAAAAAUAGUUGCUUGUCCAGAUUGUGGUACUAUGUUUGCUUCCAAUACAAAAUUUCAUACUCAUUGUAAAAGACAAAUUCCUAUAGAUGUACAAGGAUUUCAAUGUUCGCAUUGUAAUAAGUUCUACCCAACAGAAGGGAUUCUUCGCAAUCAUAUGAGAUUGCAUGUUUUUAAUUAUAAAUGUACUUUAUGUGAUAUGAGUUGUGAAUCUCCAGCUACUUUAGCAAAGCACGUGAGAUAUCGACAUGUAUCGACAAGAACUUUUCCAUGUCAAUUGUGUUCUCAUGCUGCCAAAUCUCAACAAGAUUUAGAUUCUCAUAUGUCUGUUCAUACAAAUGGACCUAAUUUUUCUUGUCACUUUGAAGGUUGUUCUUUUACUUGUAAAGGUGCUUAUACAUUAGACAGGCAUGUUGAACGCGUUCAUAGUUUAGAAAUAAGAUGGUAUUGUUGUCAUGAAUGUCCUGUUAAAUAUAGAAAAAGUUAUCGUUUAAGCAAACAUCUUAUGGAAGCACAUCAUUUACAAUUACCUAGUGGUCAUAAACGAUUUCAAUAUGUACAGGAUGAAGAUGGCUGUUAUAAACUUCAAAUGGUUAGAUAUGAAACAGUAGAUGAAGAAAAUAUUUCAUCUAUUGAAAAACCAAUUAUUACAAAUAAAAAUUAUAAACUUAAAUUAGACAAAUCUUCAUCAUUGGUAAAAGUAGAAAUAUUAGAAGAUGAUACGGAAGAUGUGCAAGAUUUACAGAUAAAACCUAUAACAGAUUUUGAUAUAGAUCAAUCAAUGCCUGUUAUAUCAAAUAUUUUAAUAACUUUUGAUGAAAUAGAUGAAAAAGGAAACAUAACAAAAAGUAGAAUCAUAAAUUCUCAAAGUAUGUAAAAUAACAAUUAUCAUAACAAUUUUUAUUAGAAUUGAUAUAAAUAAAAAUUUAAUCUGAUAGCUAAUUU